AGCAAACUUCAAAGAAAUAACCCCUCGUUUCAAUUUGUUUGUCUGUUUUUUAACUAACACGGAGUUUUAGAAAGUUGAUCUUAAGCUAAAGAUAUGUAGGGCAGUUUGGUGUACUAAAGUUCCCGCUAUGCGCAGGGUUCGGGAAUGGAGCCCACCACAAGGGUGUAUUGCAUGCAGCGUUACUUGAGCCAGAGGUCCCGUGACCUCCUGGCGAGCUAAAGAUAUGUAGAAUAUACCAAAAUGUACUUUAAUUUUGUGAUCUUGAACAUCGUGGAAAGUUGCUAAUACGAAACAUUCUUGUUUAGAGUGGAUCGAAAAAGGAAGUAAAGACAAACAAAUUGAAUCAGAGGGGUACACAACGGCGGACCUAGGUGGAAAAUUGUGGUGCUCCGAUACCCAUUAAAUUUGAUACAGAAUAAGUAUAAUUAUAUAAAUUAUGUAUAAAAAUUAGUAUAAAAUGAAAAAGCGCACCCAUAAAAUCAAGAAGAUAGCUGCAUACCUUGAUUUCUACGGGGAACCUUAAGCUUUGGGUGUAAGUAUAUGUUUUUGAACCUCCUGAGCAUCCACGACUGCUACAUUCUGGGUCCGCCACUGGGAAUACAUACGGUUGACAAUCAUUUGUGGUCAGUGACUGUAAGUCUGACUACACUUUCCCAUUCUUGGAAUCAAAAUUCCUCACCAUUCACUUACUAUGCAACUUGUGUUGUCAGCAUAUUACUGAAAAAAAAAAUCCAACAUUCUUGGUUUGUCAGAUUCCCAAUUUUCUUGGAAUUCAUCAAGAAAAAUUACUGUUAAAGAUUUGAUUUUUAUCUUGUUAAUGGAGCUUGUAGAUUAUAACUCUGACCCCAUGAGUGAAUCAAGUAGCUCUAGUCCACCAUGGCAAGAGAUGUUUAGAUCUGCUUCAAUGAAGAAAACUGAUUCACAAUCCAAGAACAACAACCAUGUCUCCACACAAACUCCUUCCACAAUCCCAGAAGCCAAAGAGCACAAAGAUAACAACUUUUUAUCAGAUGAGUCUCAGCAGGUACGCUUGGCCCUCUAUAUCGCGAUGGCUCAUGCUGGUCUUGCUUUCACGAUUUUCAUUCUUUACGCUGUUGGAAAAUUGCUUGAAGAAUAUUUAAGACCUAUAUUGUGGGCUGUGCUUUUUUCGAUACCUUUAAGAGGAAUUCAGCAAGCCCUCGUUGCAUUCUGGUCUGAACCAUUAAAGCUAGGCCUUACCGAGACUAUUUUGGCUAUCCCGGUUGCUGUAUUCAGGAUUUUUGUUGGCACGCUCGUUGAUAUCAGAGAAAUGAUUUUCGGUGUUGUUCUUAGGAGACAAAAAGGUAGUGUCUUGAGGCGUAAUCGAAGCGGAUUUUUCAUGUUGUUGAGGUGGCUAGUCUCUUUUUGGGUGUUUGUCAUGGCGUAUGAGCAAAUCGGUCUCUUUGGAUCAGUUGCUCUUCUUGCAAUGGGAUUUAUGUUUCCUGCUAACAGUGUGGAGUCUACGAUGGAUGCAGUAACGUCUUUUAGGAGUCAUAGUUUUCGUAGACUGUCCAUAUCGGCUUUCUUCACUGGAUGGAUAUUGAAAAGAUUGAAAACCAUUGUUGCGGUAGGACUUAUUAUUGGGUUGAGCAUAGGAUCCUUGGCAGGUACGAUUUUCUUCUCUUAUGAGAUCGGAGUGGAAGGAAAAGACGCUGUUUUUGCAUUGAAAUCUCGUGUAGAGGAGAGUAACUAUGCUGAGAAAAUCGGUGUCAAACAAUGGAUGGAUGAAAAUGAUGUCUCCGCGAUGGUUGAUAAGUACAGUAGUCAAUUCUACGAGACUGUAUUCUACCAGAUAGAUACCUAUGCUAAGCAGUAUAAUAUGACUGAGUUUGUUUCCGGGAUCAAACACUUUAUCAGAACCCCAGCGAAUGCCUCUUUUGAGCGGUCUACCCCUUUGUCAUCACGCUCACGAUAUACUCAGAAGAUCAUGAGCAUAAAAAGGAGGAUCAAGGAUCGCGAAUGGAGACAAAUGUACACAGAAACAGAUGCAUUUUUCAAGGAAUUGUUCAUCACUCGAAAGGACUUGGUUGAAAAGGCGAAAGGAUUCGCCCUUCAAGGUGCAAAUAUUAUGCAAGGUGUACUCGUUACCAGCACUUCUCUCUUAGGUAGCAGCGUACAGUUUGUGUUCUCGAUAGGGAACUCUAUACUUUCAGGAGCUGCAGGUCUUUUCAACUUCGUAUCUCAGUCGAUGGUGUUCUUCUGGGUACUUUACUAUCUUAUCACAUCGGAGUCUGGAGGAGCAACGGAACAAGUUAUCUGCAUGCUACCAAUAUCACAUUCUGCAAGGACUCGAUGUGUUGAUGUUCUUGAUAAAGCAAUUUCCGGGGUCAUUUUAGCAACUGCCGAGAUUGCAUUCUUUCAAGGAUGCCUAACUUGGCUGUUGUUCAGAUUAUACGCGAUACACUUCCUGUACAUGUCGACUGUUCUUGCAUUUAUAAGUCCUUUGUUUCCGAUUUUCCCUACAUGGCUUUCGACUAUCCCAGCAGCGUUACAGUUGGUGUUUGACGGUCGAUAUGUAUUGGCUAUCGGUGUAUCGGUUAUUCAUCUUGUGCUUAUGGAAUAUGGUACUUGUGAAAUUCAAGAUGAUAUACCUGGUUAUAGUGCAUAUCUCACUGGUUUAAGUGUUAUUGGUGGAAUGACAUUGUGUUCUUCAGCAAUUGAGGGAGCGAUAAUGGGGCCGCUGAUAACUACUGUUGUGAUUGGAAUCAAAGAUUUGUAUGUUGAGUUUGUACUCGAAGCACAGAAGGAAUAAAUAGAGCGAGCUCGCGUGUCAUGUACCUGUUGUAAACCUCUCGUAGCCAUGGAUGUAAUGCUGCAACUUAGCUUGAUCGCGAAGUGUUAUAGUAGCAAAUGAAUCCUUUUCGUGGAUCAAUGGUUGGCUUUGUAUCUCCCUGUGCUCUCUACAAGUUGGCUCGAUGUUUAUGUAUGUCUCCAUACUUGUCAGUUCAUCUUCAUUGCAAAUUGAUCGGGAACACUCUCUACUUCAUAUGAGGUAGUGGUAUGGACUGCGUACAGUUUACCCUCCCCUAGACCCCACUUUGUGGAAACACACUGGGUAUGUUGUUGUUGUUGUCGUCUUCAUUGCAACCCCCCUCCCCCAAACCCCACUUUCUGGGAAUACACUGGGUAUGUUAUUGUCGUCGUCGUCUUCAUUGCAAAUUGGCUCGAGGACCUCACCAAAAGCUGUCAAAUGUGUGUAAAGUUGUGAGCUCUUUGGUCAACUGUAUAUUUAUGAGUAGUACUGUAUCAUCUUUCUGAAUA